AUGGAUGCCUACAAGGCCCGAAUGACUGUCCAAACAGGAGAUGAAGCGGCAUGGUGCAGGUUCUUUCCUGCCACUCUCAAAGGGAUGGCUCUCUCAUGGUUCUCUGGGCUAUCGGCCGGUAUCAUCACGAGGUUCUCAGUGCUCGAAGCUCUAUUCGAAUCACAAUUCAUUGCCGGACAAGUAUACAAGAAGACCAGUAUGUAUCUCAUGUCCGUCCGACAGCAACCAAACGAAAGCCUCAAGGAAUACAUCAAGAGAUUCAAUGACGAGUCCUUGAACAUACCAAACUUGCAAGAUUCCGUUGCCUUCACCGCGCUCAUGACCGGGCUAAAGGCAGGAAGUCGAUUCCUUUGGGUCUUGGCCGACGAGCAAAUAUCUACUCUGCCCCAAGCAAUGGUCCGGGCACAGAGAUACAUUCAAUCCGCGGAAAUCUGCAAUCCAUCGGCCGAAACUGACCUUAAGAGAAAAAAAGAGGUCGUCGGACGAGAAAAAGAGAAGAAGCCCAAAGAGACUGACAAUGGAAAUGACCCUCGGUACAACAGUAACAGGAGGGAGAUAUACCUUGACAUCAAGGAAAAGUCAUUGCUGCCAAGUCCAACCCCGAUCAGGACCCCCGCGUCCAAAAGAGACAAGAGCCUCUGGUGUGAGUUCCACAAAGAGUGCGGACACACCACCAAGGACUGUCGAGAAUUGAAAAGGGCCUUGGACAGACUCGCCGACGAAGGAAAGUUAAACAAAUAUUUGAAGGGUUCACCCUCUGACAAGAAGCAAGAUAACAAGGGAUCAAAUGCCCAUAGUGACCAUACCGAAGGAUAUGUUGGGGUGAUAGCUGGGGGUCUCGCGUCUGGCGGCCUAACCGGCAACGCCAGAAAAAUACACUUGCACGCUCUAACCCAUCGGAUCCUCGAUGUCGAAGCAUCCUCCCCAGAUCUAAAAUGUCCAACAAUAACGUUCCAAGAGGACCCCUCUCGAACUAUCCGUGCCCUGCAUGAUGAUCCCCUAGUUGUCGGGAUUAAGGUGGCCAACCGAACAGUAAAAAGAGUAUUGAUCGAUAGUGGAAGCUCGGCUGACAUCCUAACUCUUGAAUGUCUCGAGAGGCUACGUUACAAGAAAAGUGACCUCACCGACAUCAGCCAACCCCUCGUGGGAUUCGGUGGUCAAUCAGUAUACCCCGUCGGCAUGAUCAAACUUCCCGUCCGUAUCGGAGAAAAAGGAAAACAAAGAAGCCUUCCCAUAGACUUCAUGGUCGUCGAUACACCCUUGCCUUACAACAUAAUAGUGGGAAGGCCUCUGCUGAACAAAAUCAAGGCUUCCAUCUCAACCUACCAACUCCUUCUCCAAUAUGAAACAGACAGCGGGGUAGUCAGAAACUCUACGGGGAUCAGCGGUCUGCUCGACAAUGUUACAACAACAGCUUCAAGAAUGAGAAAAAUUCAAUCCCGAGCACAGAACCCCCUCUGA